CACAUCUUAUAAUGGUAAGGUAUUGAUAAAAUAUAUACAGGUGCAUCUAAAUGUGCCUGAUAAGGCAAAAUAUACAAACGUUUGUAUAAAUGGUGGAGUUUUAACGUGGAUUUAAAGUAAGGAGAUACGUACAAAAUCUGCAUGUUAAAACUAGGACUUAUACUAACGUCUAAAUUCCAAUGCAGAAUGCAACAUUCAACUUUGUGUUGGGUUUGUCGGUCGGCCUCGUGUUUGCAUUCCUUGCAGUGUCUUACAUGUCAGGGCCGACAAGCAUUUCCAUACACACACCACGUCGAAUACCGAUUGAAGAAGUGGGCAAAUUUAACAACGUGCAUGAUUCCGUCUUGACACAUGAAGACCUAGAUAGGAUUCAACAAAUCGUGCGUCCAGUCCAGUUCCAAGAUGCCCACGCUCAUCAUGACGACGACAAAGAAGCGGUGGAUUUAAAAAAGAAAAUCCGGGUCCUUUGUUGGGUAAUGACCAGUCCCAAAAACUUACAGAAGAAAGCUAUUCACGUCAGGAAUACUUGGGCUCAUCGGUGUAACAAACUUAUUUUCAUUAGUUCAGAAACGAACACAAGUUUUCCCACUGUAGGAAUAGAUGUCCCCGAAGGAAGAGAUCAUUUGACUGGUAAAACGAUGAAAGCGUUUAGAUACAUUUUUGAGAAUCAUUUUAAUGAGGCAGACUGGUUUAUGAAAGCAGACGAUGAUACCUACGUCAUUUUAGAAAAUUUACGUUACUUCCUUUCUAGUCAAAAUAAAGACGAUCCAAUUUAUUUUGGACAUCAUUUUAAACCUAUAGUGAAGCAAGGUUACUUCAGUGGGGGUGCCGGAUAUGUUCUUAGCAAGGAGGCAUUGAGGCGAUUUGGCGCGCGCGGGAAUGAUUCAAAAAUAUGUCGCCAAGAUGGCGGCGCAGAAGAUGCAGAAAUCGGCAAAUGUAUGCAAAAUUUAGAAGUGAAAGUUGGGAAUUCCACAGAUAAGCUUGGAAGAAGUAGAUUUCAUUGUUUUGAUCCGGAAACCCAUUUACGAGGAGGGUAUCCUGACUGGUACUAUAAGUAUGAUGCUCAUGGUGCUAAAAAGGGGAAAGAAAGUAUAAGUGACUACGCAAUCUCAUUUCAUUAUGUUCCGUCAGCAAAAAUGUACAGCCUCGAAUUCUAUGUUUAUCAUCUUCGACCAUACGGAAUAAAUUCCGGACACCAGGAUUUAAACCAAGACAUAUCAUAGCGCAUUUAAACAUGUGAUAAUUUAUUUGUAAUAAAUUCACGUUAUCUUAUGUUAUUAUACUAUUUACCUUACAUAAAUGUGUUUCAUCUAGAGUUAUAAGUGGGCAUUUGAAUGAUGUAAUAUCAAAGAUGACGUCAGCGGUCCGAAUUGAUUUAUUUAAAAAAAAAAAAACAUGUGCAUUAUACAAAAAUAAAUUUUACUUUGAACUUUUAGCUCAUAUCUUUGAAGAUUUCGAGCUCUUGCUAGUCAUGUUGCCGUUGCCAUCCAGAAACUUUAAGAUUGGCCAUUAUUGUUUUGAAUUUCUAUAUGGAGUGUCUUUAAACUUGGAAAUAUCAACCCUUUGGACAAGAUCUUUGUAAACCAGACUUAACUUUACAUUGAAUAUUAAGGUCAAAUGUUUAAAUUUCGCUUGAUUUUUUGCUUAAAUUGUCUGUAACUUUUUAAUGAAUGUUUUUAGAUUGUCUUCAUACAUGUACUUAGAAACACCAAUUGUUUUUGCAAGACCGUUAAGAAGACCAAAUUGUUUAUGACCUUCACUUAUCAACGACCUUGGAGGUCAAGUUAAGUUAAUGAAUUUUGCUUAAGUUUUGCUUUUAUUGGUUAUUUAUGAAUAGAUUGCCUUCAUACUUGAGCACAACUACCUAGAGGGCAAUGUUUUAAUAAGAUUGAAAACCAUUAAGACUACCAGAGACUAAUUUAAGCUAUGCCAUGUUACUGUGAUAUUCAACGGAGAAGUAAUCUGAGAGUAACUAACUUUAUGAAUCUAUAAUGUUAAUAAAUAAUCAUCUAGAAUCCAAAGGCUAGUACUAAAAUGACAAACCGAAAAGAAACUAUAUGUUCAAAUUUUGGUUGUUUGGUUUUGGCUAAAAUUGUCAUAACUUAAUAAUUUACGUACAGGUUGUAUGCUUAAUUACUUGAAGAAUACAAUUUUUUGACGACACCCGUAUGUUUAAUAUUCAAAAAUAUGAU